GCCAUGCAUUAAGAAAGUUUCUGCAGCUGGAGGAGUUUCAGAGGACUAUAACCUCAGCAUCCUUGAAGCGCCAGCAUUGUUUUUCUCUGCCUCUCCUUAAAGCAAACCAACAGGAAGGAGGAUUUCUCUCUUUUUUAUUUGUUCUUUUAUUCCCGGAGCGCUUCUUUCACCAUGAGCGCCGGACAGAACUACGAGAAGAAGAUCGCGAGUAUUCUAACAGAUCUACCCGGAUCUAUGAGCUGCCAUCCGAGCUCCAAGGACUCUCCGACUCUCCCCGAGUCCUCGGUGACGGACAUGGGCUACUACAGCGGACAGACGUCCCACGGCCACCAUGAGUAUUACCAGAGCCAGGCGUACGGACAGCCGAUCAACUCUUACCACCAUCAGUUUAAUUUGAAUGGGAUGGGAGCUGCUGGAGCCUAUCCAACCAAAUCAGAGUAUCCCUACACGAACAGCUACAGACAGUACGGACAUUACAACAGAGAUCACCUGCAGGCCUCCCCUCCGGGUUCAGUGAAAGAGGAGCCAGAGCCUGAGGUCCGCAUGGUGAACGGAAAGCCAAAAAAGAUCCGCAAACCGAGGACGAUAUACUCGAGUUACCAGCUGGCUGCCCUGCAGAGGCGCUUCCAGAAGGCGCAGUACCUGGCGCUUCCUGAGCGCGCGGAGCUGGCGGCCCAGCUGGGCCUCACUCAGACACAGGUCAAAAUCUGGUUCCAGAACCGGAGAUCCAAGUUCAAGAAGCUGUACAAAAACGGUGAAGUCCCCUUGGAGCAUAGUCCCAAUGCCAGCGACUCCAUGGCCUGUAACUCUCCGCCCUCCCCCGCCGUGUGGGACAGCAGCAACCCCCCUCAGAACACGCCGAUCGGCCGGCCUCAGGUGCAGCAGCCGGCGCACAGCGCGUCUCCGCCCUACCUGGAGGAUUAUUCCAACCACUGGUACCAGCAGGGGUCACACCUACAGCACCCGGGCACCGUGCACCACCCGGUGCCGCAGCAGAGCGUGGGAGCUGUUUACUAACUCGGACUCAGGCGCAGAUCCUCAGCUCUACCCACAGACAGUGACUCUGCAGAGCAAACUUCCCUGGAGCUAGAGGAGGUCGGAAACUUUCUGUCUCUCGAUGAUCGCAGUUUUCAGAGCUGGGAAUCCAGUUUUAAAAAGCACAUAAGGGAUUUCUAAUCACUUUUGGCAGCAUAUUUAACAGACAUCUGGUGUGUUCUUUAAAUUAUUUAUCUUUUUUUCUUCAUAUGUUUAGCUUCUUUUGUAAAUUAAUAUGCAAAGAAUUUGAAAAAAAAAAAAAAUAAGUAGCCUGAACACAAAAUCACAAAACCGUGCUGCAACCAAUUAUGCAUGUGGGUUUGUGGAGAACUCUAAAAAAACAGAGAAAAGAACUCAGGACAUAUUUAUAAGGAUUUGUACAAAAAAAAAUCUGAAGGUUGUAAAUAAGUGUUUAUAUAUAAAUAUAUAUAUGCAGAACCACUAUGAUCAUAUUUGAACCAGAAAGACUGCACCAUGGUGCUAUCAGACCGUUUUUAUAUUCAUGUAAUGACUCAAAAUGUUGCCUUCCUGUCUAAUGAAUAAAAGUGUUAAUUGUA